AUGGCCGACAUGGACGCUGACGACUUUGAGAACUUCGAAUUCAUCGACUACACGACCUCAGGACCAUGGGAAAAGUUCAUCAUCCAGAUCGAGUCCUGUCUCAAACAGUGGGGCCUCGUCCACAACAGUUAUGGAGUCUUUAACCCCAAACGCAUGCCCGCCACCGACGACAAUAUGGAUUUGGACCAGGAACUCGCACUGGCCCUUCGAGACGAUAACACCCGACCAACCCCUCUACUGCCGCCACCAAAGAACGCUUCGCCCUCCUCGCCGUCCUCACCGUCAAACAAGGCAGGCCCUACGGACAGUGAUGCCGCCAUACAAAAGUCUUCCUUCUCCAACGUCUACCAACACGACUCGAUAGUGACCCUCGAUGGCGACAGUUACACACUAUCCUACCGAUACCACCCUGCCAAAGCCAGAAUCGCCUCGGGUGUCGAACGGGUAGACCUUGACUUCCUGCCUACGACUCUUGAGGGCAUUGAACACCAUAGUCUGCAUCGCUGGACAGGGCUUACCCAUAUCCUUGUCCUGUCAACAGCACCAGACUCUACCUCUCAGAUCAUCGACCUCGGUCGCGCCAAACUUCUCCAAUCGUCCUUUGCCAUCGCUUUCCAGAACACGGGCUGCAACAUUCCAGUCUUUGUACCGACGGGACAAGUCCGGAAUAUGACCUACACGGGCAUCUCGAUCCGACCGCAGCAUUUACACACACGAGAUGCUGAACUGGGACUCGAAGAGUUGGCGGAGGACCAGGCAAUCGAAGUGCGCUUCAACACACUCUUGGUUCCCUAUCCACCGGCGCAGUACACCGACUUGGCAGGGAUCCUAGAGCUAUUUAUCGAGCGGAUGGGCAUUGACGACGACUAUGCUGAUGUGGGCGAUGAUGACAAUGGCAGUCAAGGAGGGUACAGCCAGCAGCUCAAAGAACAGAUCUUUGUCUCGGCCCUCUUCAGCUACCAACUCGACAACUGGUACGAUGAGGACUGGCGGCAGUGGGCUGACAAGGCCGACGAUACCACCCAACGGUCAAGAGAGCACCUUCCAAAUCUGCCUUUCGGACCAGUGCAAGAUCCUUUGAAGUCAAUGCAACUUGUGGCGCGAUUCGCAUCGGCUCCGAGCACGGUUUAUCUGGAGAGCAAGAACUUAACUGACAUGGACGCCAGCCAAGCCAACAUCUGGAUCCUCAAAGCAAUCUUCAAGCCAGAUGACUACGGACUGUUGAGCGUGAUCCUCGAGGAUGCAAUUUCGUCGUGGAGCGCCGAGGUGACGAGUCUGUUGGAAGCCAACAAGGAUCUGGAGUCGGACAAGGACCAAGGGUCUUACACAUCACUUUUACGGAAAGGAGCACGACUGAUCCAAGGAACGAUCGCUAUGGUUGACGCGAGCGAUGUGGAGAAUAUUAUCGACGACCUGUGCACAACACCAUCGCCAUCCACAGCGCCGGUUCCCGCUACCUCACAGCCAACACAACGACAUCGCUCUCUUUCUCAAGGACAUGUCGGUCAAAUUGUUACUGCGGCAGAACUCGGCCUUCACUUUCGACGCGCGACCACGGUGCCCUACAACUCCUUCCUCUGGAAGAUGCUCCGCCAUUUGGUCGACGUGAUAUCUCCCAACUCUCACAUCUCCUAUCCUACGUCAUUCAUGGGAUUUACCAAGGCCGUCUGGGCAGAUCUCUUGGUGCAAUUUGCUGACUACUGGAAGCGCAAGGAAAUGAUACCCUUGAUCGAUAUUUUUGGCGGGGUGACUGACGAGUUCGAUGAUGAGAGCUCAGGAACGCCGACCAAGACUGCAUUCAUCGAUUUCCGGUUCAACCUGCUGCACCAAAAGCUGACUAUGAUCAACUGCUGUAUCGCUCGGGAACUUGCUCGCCAACAAGACGACCCAUCACCCUCACCGUCAUCCUCAACACCGACAUCUCCUUUAAGUACUGGCAUCGCUUCUGAGGAAGCGAGCCCCGUUCUGCCAAAGGAGCAACCAGAAGCAACUCAGGCUUCCUUGUUAGGAUCACCGGAACCUGAAGACGACACAGCAAAGGAUACAAUCGCAGACGACAAAGCAUCUGUUGACUCCAGUAGCAGUACUAGCAGUGUUGAGGAAAAACAGGAGGCGCUGGCUGAAGCAGUGGGUGCAGUUGAUCUCAACCUAGGCAAUGACUCACCAGAGAUGACCGAAGCCACCUUACCAGCCGUGCGUCAAGGCAAAGGCGGUCUGAAACCCUAUAAAGACCUCAAGUUGCUUGUGACAGGAGAACCACUAAUGAUCCCAAAGCUUCAGGAGCAGGGCCAUAUGACGGAAGAUAUGAUCCAAGACCAAGAAGAAUUGUUUGAGAACCUGGGGUCUUCGGUGGACGCCGCCAAGACAAGAGCAGAGUUGCAAUCAGCACAACUUAUCUCAGAUAUGGGCGCGUUCAAGGCGGCGAACCCAGGAUGUACUAUUGGGGACUUCAUUCGGUGGCACUCCCCCAAAGACUGGGAUGAAAAGAAGGGCCAGAUGAGUGCUCGUAUGGCAGACAGCGGCAACUUUUGGCAAGAGCUCUGGGAGAAAGCCGAAGCGCUCCCGGCCAGCAAGCAAAAACCUCUAUUCGACCACGACUACCAAGCACAGAAGGCCUUGUCCUAUUUGAAUGGCCAGUCAGGCAGCCAGAUCUUUGUCCAGUUGUUGCCAUCAAUAUGCUUGCUCGCGUACGACGCUCUGGCCUCACACCCAGUUUCGGCGAUCAGCCCGCAAGCGGCCAAAGCCAUCCAGGAACUUGCCCAAGUGUUGACUAAUUUCCCUUGGGACCAGCUUUCGGCGUCUGAAAAGAGUCUGGAUUUGAAGCCAGUCAUUGCAAAGUUCAAGCAAGCCGAGCAAACUGUUGGCCGUGUUGUUUCGCUCCUUCGAAAGUUCCCUGAACAGUUCAGCUUGGUGGAGCGGAUAUUGAAGGACUCUGAAUCGGUUGUGGAGGAUGGCACUGAACGCGACUGUGUCUUUACCGUGUUUUCUGCCGGGGGAUUCACAAAGACUGUAUUCCCAAAGCCAGCCUGCCGUGAGUUUGUGAUGGAGACAUUUGACCCGGUGUCAUCGCCUUCAUCUUCUUUUGUUGGCGCUCCAGGGCCAACGAUUGUGGCACCGGACGAUUUGACGGGAUGGGAUGCACGGUCGCUUCAGAGACGUAUGUAUGCAUGCUACAAGGACUCUGAGGUGCGGAUUGUUGAAGCUAUCGCGAAGGACGGGAUGUUUAUGUAG